CGAUCAGCAAGUAUUUCAAUAAAGUGUUGAAAGCAAUGAUCAAACUUUCAAAGGAGAUAAUCAAACCACCGUCCUUUGACGUCAUUCCACAAGAAAUUCUUAUUGAUCCUAGUCAUAAACGCUACUUCAAGGGCUGCGUAGGUGCUAUGGAUGGCACCCAUAUAGAUGCUACCGUUCCUGUGUCUCAGCAGAUUCCAUUUAGAGGUAGGAGUGGGAGAACAACCCAGAAUGUGCUGUGUAUUUGCUCUUUUGAUAUGAAAUUUACUUUCGUGUAUGCUGGAUGGGAAGGAUCUGCCAACGAUUGUCGAGUGCUUUCAGCAGCACUCGAAAAUCCGCAACUGCAAUUUCCCCGACCACCACCUGGGAAAUAUUACGUGGUAGAUUCAGGUUAUGCAGCACUUCCAGGAUUUUUAACUCCAUUUAGAGGUGAUCGGUAUCAUCUAAGCGAGUAUAGAGGGAAUGGGGGAUGA